CAACAGACUGUGUCAGACAAGAGCGCGGCAGAGGCAAGAGUGUUGCUGGAGAUGGUCCCACACAAAGUAUAAAAGCGUGAGGGAAACGAAAGGAUGCGGGGUGUGUGAUGAACACAGGAAUGGGGAGGCGAUUGGAAGCAGAGAUACCGGAACCAAGUACCUCAGGCGCUCUGCUGCAUAUGGGGUGGGGGUGGAGAGAACCGGCGCCCGCGAGGAUUAUGGGACUUGUAGUUUCAGCCGGCUUUAGUUUGGAAGAUGGCGGUGUACGCCAGCUGCGCAUUCGCAAAGCGGCUUCCAGCUGCGCAUGCGCAUCAUCUCUGAAGGCACGCCGCUCGGGGGCGGGGUUUGUCCGUGUCCUCGCGCCUGCUCUGGUGGCGGGAAAAGUAGUUCGAGGUGGAAGAAUGUGCGGAAUGGCUGCGACGGCGUAGGCUGCGCCUCGUCUUUAGGUCCUCGGCGCCCCAGAAGGUAGCUGGCUGCUUUUAUCCCGCCCUAGAGGAGCGUGUUAGAGGCAAGGGAAGUGUAGUUUCUGCUGAAUGAUGGCAACAUCACAGAAUAUCAAAGAAUAUGAAAAGGGAACAAAGAAAACCUUUGCUUCACCUACACAAAAGUCACACCAUGUGAAACCUCAGGCUGACUCAUGGAAGGAGGACCCCCAGGGGACCAGCUCUCUAGAGGCAGAGGCCAAGCCACGCCGGCCCAGAGCCAGCCCAAAGAAGGAGCAGAAGACAGCCACAGAGCAUGGUCCCAACGGGGGCCAGGAGAAAAAGCGAAAGGCUCAAGACAAACCAGCCAAGAAGAAAGGAAAGGAAAAACAAACUCUUACCAAUGCAGAAUUUGAGGAGAUUUUCCAGAUUGUACUACGGAAGUCCCUGCAGGAGUACUUGGGGCUGGGAUCUGGCCUUAAUUUUGCAGAGACUUCCUGUGUCCAACCCAUAAUACCUACCAAAUCAGACAAAGAACCAGGAAUUGCUUCUCCUGCCACUGAUAAUGAAAAUGCUGAUGGUAUCAAUUCCAGGGAGGAGGUAAUAGUACCUGAUACUCGAGAGAUUGCAUCUUCUCUAGAAGAGGAAGUGGACUCUGAGAUUAGGACGUCUAAGCCAGGCCAGCUGGCUGCUGAACCCUCCAAGAAGAAAUCCAACAGACUUUCUUUAAGCAAAAGGAGGAAGAAAUCCGAAGAUGAGAAAAUGGAGGAAAUCCAAGAUGGAUAUGAGUGCAUUCUGAAAGACAAGCAGAAGACAACGAUUCAGGAUCCUUCUCAGAUCAGGGGUCAGCAGAAAGAAGAAGAAGGUGGUUUUGGCCAGUGUCUCAUCUGGGUCCAGUGUUCAUCUUCAAAGUGUGAGAAAUGGAGGCAGCUACGUGGAGACAUUGAUCCCUCAGUUCUCCCAGAUAAUUGGUCUUGUGAUCAGAAUCCAGACCUGAAUUAUAAUCGCUGUGAUAUUCCUGAGGAGACUUGGACAGGGUGUGAGAGCGAUGUGGCCUAUGCCUCCUAUGUUCCAGGAUCCAUCGUCUGGGCCAAGCAAUACGGUUAUCCCUGGUGGCCAGGCAUGAUAGAAACUGAUCCUGACCUGGGGGAGUAUUUUCUUUUUUCGUCUCAUCUUGAUUCCCUGCCGUCCAAGUACCAUGUGACAUAUUUUGGAGAAAGAGUUUCUCGUGCGUGGAUCCCAGUCAGCAUGCUGAAGAACUUCCAGGAGCUGUCCCUGGAGCUAGUUAGAGGGAAAACAUGUAGGAACAAGGACUACAACCAGAAACUGGAGGCAGCCAUAGCAAUGGCUCACAAGGCAGAACAGAUCAAUAUUCAGGAGCGGGUUAACUUGUUUGGUUUCAGGAGUCGAUACAGUGGAUCUGACAGCAGUGGGGAAGGGAAAGAUUUGAUGCUCCGUGAGUCCAGCAGCCCCGAGUCUUGUCUGCAGAAAGAGAAGGACUCAGGGGAGGAGGAGAAAGAAGAGAAGGAAGACCCAACUUUGCCUAAACCCAAGCCAGCUAAAAUACAGACCAAAAAAAUCAAGUCCAGAGGCCCAGCAGGAGGACAAGGUGGGCGUCCAAAAGAGAAGACUGUGAAGAAGUCUCUGAGCAGUGAGUCCACAAUCCCUCUUGCACCCGUAUUGGGAGGAAAAGAAGAACAGGGGAAUUCAGAACUGGGCCAUCCAGGACCUAAAAAGAAAUUUAAGGCUCCUGAAAGCAAGGCCUCAGCUACCACCUUACCUGAGAAGCAAGAAAUUAAAAUUGUGUCCAAGUGCCCUACCCCACCAGCUGGCCAUGGGGUGUGUCGGUUGGGAAAGGAAGGCCCUGGACCUCAGGAGCCCCUGACACAGGAGGCAGCAAUCUUCCCCCUUGAAGAUGAUGGUUCCAGUGACCUGGACUUGGAGCAACUCAUGGAAGACAUUGGAGAGACAGAGGAGAGAGGGGAGUCACAGCAGAGGGAUGGCUCAGAGGGGUUCCUGGCAGCCCUUUUUGAGGAGUAGUGUGUUCUGGUCCUCCUUCUGUUGUCUGCCUCCCAGCGUUUGAGCAGCUGUAGAAUGUUGGGGUUGUUGGUCUGUUACGUGGAUCAAAUCAGCUGUGCAGCUUGUGUUAAUAAAGCAGGUCUGGGGCUCCUGCUGA